UGAAAACCUGUCACAGGCCAAUCUAUACCAUAGAUGAAACCAUUCCCUGCGACGAGAUAAAUCUAGUUGUUAAUUCAUCCUACCGAGGCAGGUGGUAGUAAAAGAUCUCAGAAGGAUCAUGGUAAGCUCAGUGUUCUAGACCGCCAUGGUCCCUUAUCAAAACUCCACUUGGUUUGACGGGCCUCAUAAAAGCCGCAUUGCCAGCACAAUGCCCUCUCACCACGUAUCAUCAGAAAAGCGUUGAAAAUGACACAAGAUCUUGUUAUCCCGCGCCCAGGGGCGACUUACGAGCCUCAGCCGCCUGUUGCGGGGCCGACAGAGUCCGCGUUCGUCGAAACAUUCGGAGCACUACUGCCAGCCGCCCAAUUCCUUCAGACUCCCCGCGGCAAGGCUGCUUAUUACGAGGUCAAACCUUCAUCCAACGAUGGAAACACCAAGAUUGACAAAGUACUGUUCAUCCAUGGUGUUCAGACCCCAGCGCUAGGCAUGCUGUCCCUUGCCCGCGCUCUCGAGAAAUCGUUCCCGGCUGCGCAUUUGGUACUGAUUGAUCUCUGGGGCCACGGAUUGAGCGAUACACCCGUUGUUCCGCACGAAGCAUCGCUAUUCCACGAGCUUAUUGACAACCUAUUGGAUCACCUGAGCUGGCAGUCUGCUCAUCUCGUGGGCUUUUCCUUCGGCGGAGCCACUACUGUCAGCUACGUUGCAUCCAGACCUUCGCGCGUCAAAAGCUUCACUCUCGUCGCGCCCGCAGGACUUCUAGAAAUGUCCAUGUUCUCACCCGAAGAGCAGGCCUGUCUUCAAGGAGACGACGACGCUGCUGCGAAGAAGUGCGUCUUGAACAUUCUCGAGGGUGGAGAUCUCGUUGUACCGGCGGAUUGGAAGCAAAGGGUCGCCAGUGGUGAGAUUGUUGCAGAGGCUGUGCGUGAGUGGCAGAUGCGCGAACACCCAGGACAUACGGCUUCGGUUGUUGCGAUCUUUAGAGACGGCGGUGUGCUGGGUUCGCAUGCUCACUUUGAUAAGGCGGCCGAGACUGGAAUUCCUUCGCUCGCUGUGCUUGGAGAGUUGGAUGGUUUGUGUAGUAAGGAACAACUUAAUACGCAUGGAUUCGAGAAUGUUUUUGUGGUUCCAAAGGCUGUUCAUAGUGUUGUCAGGGACCAGGCUGAGGAUGUCGCUAAACUCAUCGGCGACUUCUGGAAGACACUGGAGAAGCAAUGAACUGAAAUAGAGUGGGUAGCUUCAAAAGACAAGAUGGAACUAUAACCAUGUCAUGGCGCUCGUCUUCGCCAGGAAGGAUUCUGACUUCCUUCGAUCGCACGAUGUUAAGCAACCCGAAAAUGGAAUCUGGG